AAUGAAAUUGGUAAACCACAAUCAACUCCUAAAUAGGAAAAUUGAAUUUGCCUAUAUGUAGAUAUUGAAUUAAACAGAUAAUAUUGAUAAGCAAGCUUUUUUUAAUCGUCGAACUUAGAUUUCUAAUUCUUCAACCGCGGAGAUACGUAUCUCAGAUUGCACGAUAGAGUUCUCUUGUAAUUGUUCGAUUGGUUGAGUCAAGAAAACAGCCACAAUUAAUCAAAGAAAAUUUAUAAUUUUGGAACACAAGAAGACCGAUCAAGAGCAUCAUGAUCAGCCAUUAAUUUCGAAGACUGGUCGUCAAAACAAAAAUAUAGAUAACAACAAUCAAGAACUUCGAAAAUCAAAAGUUGAAGUGAAGGCCAAAACCCAAAACAUUAGGAAUUGGAAGAAAAGGAGUCGAAGACAUCGAGAAACCUGAAAAUUCAACCAUGAUUCCCUUCUAUGAUGAGAAUUUGUACAUGCUUAAUAUGAAAAAUGAUCUCGAACUAAAGGCUGCGGAAACAAUUCCCUCAGCAGAAGGAUUAAGUGCUGCAAACCUUGGGCUUAUUCCUUCAUUCUCUACUACAAAACAAUUGGCUACGGCUGUUGAGAUGGGAAAGAAGUCGAAAUCAAUGAAAGAUUUGUUGGCUUCAUCAGGAGGUUCUUCACCUGUCAAAGAGAGAUCAGGACUGAGUCUCUCAGCAGUAAAGUCUCUAGUACUACGUGAAAAAGAGGAUAAGCUUACAUCUGAGUUUGGUAACAAUGCCAAGGUUUUGUCUUUAAUUAGGUCGCUCUUUGGUGGAGAUGAAGUGUUUCUCAAACGGAAUAUUAAAUCUUGCACGGAUGGAAUUACUAUUACAUCUUUUUCUAGAGAAAUUCAUGGUGCACCACCUGAAAGCCUCGUUGUAAAACUAGCUGAAGUUAUUGGGAACUUCAGAACUCUGCGAAACAUGGCAUUAUUUUGGUGCAGAGUUGUUGCCGAACUGAGAAAACUAUGGUCUGAGGAACAAUAUAUACCUGGCAUACCUCUAGAUGAUAAUCCAGAUCUGAAUUCAUGUCUUCUAUUUCAGCAACUUCAAGUGAUAAAUUGCUGUGUAUCACGAAAAAGACGUCGAGAUAUUGCCUCUCAAUCAUUAGACUUUGUCCUUAAAGAAGGCAAUAUAAAUGAAGAAGAGUUGGCUACGUUCAAAGAUGUUCAUGCAAGUUCUAUAUUAUAUGCUAGAUUAAAUACUGGUGAACUUGUUCUCCGACUUGGCGCUGAUCGCCCAAUGGGAGAUCUAACAAUGUUGGAAACUGGAGAACCAAUGUACUAUCCUAUAACCCAGGAAGGACCCUUGCUGACUGAGGAUCUUAUUAAAGAAACAGAGGAAUUCGUGCUUAGAACUGGAAGUGUUGGUGCUGGGUGUUCUCAACUCCUCUCUGACAUGCAAGCUUUCAAGGCAGCAAAUCCUGGUUGUAUUUUGGAAGAUUUUGUUAGGUGGCACUCUCCUCCUGAUUGGACAGAAGCAGAGCCAAUCAUUGAAGACAAAGAUCCUUCUAAUGAUGGGGACAUAUUGUCUAUGAGAGGUCAAUUAAGUAGUCGAAUGCAAAAAGAAGGAAAUUUAUGGCAUGAGCUGUGGGAAACAUCAAAGCCAGUGCCAGCAGUCAAACAAACACCAUUGUUUGAUGAGGAUUUGGCAGUGGAAGGUAUUCUGGACACUUUGGAGGAAAUUCCACCUUUUGAGCUUUUUGAGCAAUUGUUUGUAUCUUUACUGGGUUUAGGCUUUGUUAUUGCGGAGCCUUCUCUAUCUAUAAACAGUGGUUUGUCAAAGCUGUUUUAUGAAUGCAAAGACUAUGCAAUUACUGUUUGCCAAUCGAGCACUUUGAGGGAGAAAAUCGAUGAUCUUUGUCAGGUAUACGAAACAGUGGAGAGAAUGUUAGACAAUCCUGAGGAAGUGCUAAACACAGUGAAGGUAGCAGAAGAUACUCCUAGUCCUGAAGGUGAACCAAAAAGACUGUUUAAGAGGCUAAAUCUCAACUUUGGUGGCAUAGAAAGGAACCUGAGGAAACCAGCUUCGAAAGAGCAUAAGAACUCCUCCGACGGUGACAAGGCAAGAGGUCAAGCAUUUUCAAGUUUAUUUGAUGGAAGGUCAUUGUUGUUUUCGAAAAGACCUCCUAAGCCUGGAAGCAUGCCCCAUGCAGAAAAACCUACUACUUUACAUGAAAAUGCUUGGACAAUCAUUUAGAGUUUCUUUCUUUUUUGACUUUGGGGAAUCAAACUUGAGACGUUUUGUGAGCAGAAAUGUAGUACCACACUUGGCAGUCUAUGAAUACCAAUUUAGAGUGUAUUUAUAAUUUUUUUUUUUUUGGGAGGGGCUUAAUUAGUUUAUAUCAUGAUUGGUUUUGUUGGCAAUCAAUUGUAAGUUUUCUUUUCAU